GUGUUGUCAGUCAGAAGUCGAAUCGGAAGGAAUUUGUGCUCUGCGUUCAAUUCAAGUGGCAGCUCAGAGUGAUAGCAGCGAGAGCAGUACAAAAGUUAGUGAUAGUGAAAAUUCUGCAUCGUUUUUUCGUCAUUUCGCAAAUAUAAUUCGUAAUCGGAGAUUUUUAGUGUAAUAUUUCGGACGAAAGAAGUUCCAUUAUCAGUGUUUCGUGCUCGAGCCGUCGUUUGUUCGUUUUGGCGAGUGUUUCCUAUCUAGAAAGAAGAGUAAAAUUGCGUAAAGGUUCCAAGAGGAGAAAAGGUUCUUUCUACGCAAUAGUGAAAAGUGCAUUUUGAGGGAAGGAAAAACAGAAUAAUAGGUGUCCGUUCCUGAAUUCCGUUAUAUUGGAGAAUGUGCAAAGAAAUAAGAAGCAAAAAUAUUGUGUAGGUAGUGUAAAGAAUAUUGAAUUCUGAAAAAGGACAAUCAGUAAAAGUGUUGGUCGCAAAAUUCGGAUCCCGUUACCGUAUUCCGGAAUAAUGAAAGCAAGUGGCCACUGGAUACGCGGCUACUAAAGUCCGUUCGACGACGACAACGAUAAUUGUGCCACCAUUAGAGGUGGAAAAGGUGGAAGCAGUGAAAAGAACAAAAACAACAAACAUGAAGAACCAAAGGUGCAAUUAAUAAAACCGAAGGGGGAUAACUAAACUAACUAGCACUGCAUACUAGUGCCAAUCCGCACAGAAAGGCGAAACAUCAAGAAUAGAGCACAAAAGUGUUAUAAUAGUGUUUGCUAGAUAGAGAGAGAAGCAAUAAAGUGGCCAGUGGGUUAAUCGAGCGUUGCAUUGUUGCAGUUAGGAAGCAAAGGCCUGUAUUGAUGUAGAAGAAAGGAAUAACGUGAAAGUGCGAUCAUGAGUGAUCAAGUGAUCAAAUGUGAUAAGUUUACACUCGACAUCGCGACUAAGUGAGCCGCCAAGUCAAGGAAAAUCCCAAAUCCUCUACAGACCUACAUCUGCAUCUCGAGAACAAGUGCGUCAAUAGUCUGUCUUCGUUUAGAUGGAGAUCUUCUAGCUGAAGGAAAGAGGGAGCAAAGCGUCGCCAGCGACUGAGAGCCACCUUUGUGAGGCUCCAUUACACCAAAACGAAAAACCAUGGGAGCCAAGGAUUCUAGACCGUCCUGCAUUAGCUACGAAGAUGCAGUCAAACGUGUCACGGAUCCGGAGCUGCGAAGAAUCAAGGAUGCCUUCAAGCGAUCAGCCGGCACGAGCGGUACGGUUCUCAGUAAAAGUGCCUUCGUGCAGGAUGUCCUCGGCGAUGGCGUUCCGACGGUGGUGGCCGACUGGCUUUACGCGGCCUGCGGUGGGACCCCCAAGGGGAUCACCUUCAAGGAACUGCUGUGUGGGCUGGUGCUGCUCACCAAAGGCACCCAGGAGGAGAAAAUCAGAUUUCUGUGGAACCUGUACUGCAACGAAUCCGGUACUCACAUCCUAAAGCAGGAGUUCCUGAAAGCCAUACAAAUUGAAACAGCGUACCAAAGCAACGUACUGAACACCUCGACCAUCGGCAGCAGUAGUAUUAGCAAUAGUAGUAGCAAUCCUAUCAACAACAACAACAAUCAGGUGAUAGUGAGCAAAAACAACAGUCUGCCCAAAUACACGGUAGCCCUUUUCGGCCUGAACGAUCGGGUCACGUUCGAACAGUUCAAAUCAUGGAUCCAGAUAUACAAGGGCGCCACGGUGUUGUCCAAGUGGCUUCUCCAAGAUGCAUGCGUAAAUCUCAGUUCGGAGCUGGAGACGCCCACCUUCUACCAGAGUCUGGCGGGGGUCACUCAUCUGGAGGAGCAGGACAUUGGAGAUCUGGAAAAGGUGUUCUGGCUGUUGAAGGGUCUGGCACUGACUGGGCAGUUGGACCUGGAAUCGCUUGGGCCGCUGAUAAGCCCUCCGGUGCCGAAGGCAGCGCUUGGUGGGGUGUUCUUGGCAUUCGAUGAGAACCACGAUGGUCACAUCGAUUUCAAGGAGCUGUGCUGCGGUGUAAGUGCAGCUUGUCGGGGCCCGAAUGUGGAGAGGAGCAAGUUUUGCUUCAAAGUGUUCGAUAUCGAUCGGGACGGGGUGUUGAACUUUGGGGAAGUUGGGAAGAUGGUGGACAUUUUGUUGUUUGUAGCCAAAGAAACGAAUGCGGCGUGUUACAAAAAUUUGACCAGCAAGCAAAUGAUGGGAGAGUUGUACCAGCGUGCGAAUGAACUCUGCAUGGGCAGUAGCGAAACGGUUCGAGAAUGCGUCACAAUUCCGGAUCCUCUGCCGGAGUUUAGGUUUACACAGGAGGAUUUCCUAAUAUGGAGUAUUGAGAGCAAUAUUAAUUUGGUGCAACCGUUUUUGGAUCUGUUGUUUGAAGUGUGUCAUAUCGUGUUGGGGUUGCGACCGCAGUGCAAGCAUUUAGAAGGGGACAUUGUAAAGGGGUGGCUAGCUCGAGAGGUUCGCAGGGGUUACAAAGUCGGUCAGUUCUGGUAUUUGAUUUCAUCGGAUUGGUGGCACCAUUGGUCACAGUAUACUCAACCGUCGACAAACUCUUCGUGUGUGCACUGUAAAAUUGCAUCGAGUUAUGCGAUCAGUAGGAAUAACGCAGCUAGUGCCGUCACGGGAGUUGACGAAGCAAUGAUUUGCGAUGAAAGCUUCACAUCCAACUCGACCGAGAGCAUGGGAGAUUUACUUAAUACUGGCGAUUCGUCUAGUCUAGGGUCGGGCAGCAGUGGGAUUUCUUGCGGAAGACAUCCAGGCGGUCCACCGGGAAUGAUAGAUAACCAAAGUCUGAUAGCACCGAUCUUGUAUAAGCAGAUUCCCACGCUGACGGGGGAAGGCGGGCGAUUGAAACGGGACUUGACUCUCGUACAGCAUAGAGACUUCGAAUUAGUCCCGGAUUCUCUGUGGAAAGCUCUUUCCCAGUGGUACGGAGGUCCUCUACCACUACCAAGGCAAGUUAUUCAACCUCUCAGCACAGGCGAUGUAGAGUUGGAACUAUAUCCCCUGAACUUGCGAAUUCUGCGCCAUCAAAUUCCAUCUCCUCAGCAACAGCAGAAUUCCAACAGCGCGUGGAGCAAUAUCUCCGGCGGAUAUGGCGCACUAACCAGCGGCAGUUACUCCAACACAUCUGCCUCAAAUGUUUUGCAGCCGCCGAAGAAGUAUCUGGCCUACACAGCAGCAUUCAGUAGGCUUGCGACCGUCAAACAGGUUGCUGAAUUUCUCUGCCAAAGACUGAAGCUCCGAGUCGAAGACAUCCGGUUAUGGCAUUUGGCACCGACCCCAAACGGCGUAACCGAAUUCCCCUAUCUGCUUGAAGAGGACAACAACACCCUCCAGGAGCUUUCCAUCAGUGACAACGAUCAACUUCUGUUGGAGAUUCGCAACAAAGACCUCACGUGGCCCGAAGAGCUUGGGUCUCUCACUAUCGCUCACAGCAACAGCCAUAACAAUCUGGAACGUCGUGGAACAAUUGCCUCUAUACAAUCCCAACACCCUCCCGGUGCCACCGGCUUGCACAAUCUAGGGAACACUUGCUUCAUGAACGCCGCACUACAAGUCCUAUUCAACACACAACCCUUGACGCAGUACUUCAUCCGGCAGAUGCACAUGUACGAACUGAACAUGGCCAACAAGCUCGGUACCAAAGGUCAACUGGCCAUGCGUUACGCCGAACUUCUUCGAGAAGUGUGGACCGCAUCUCAGCGAUCAAUCGCCCCCCUAAAGCUUCGAUUCUGCGUUACCAAGCAUGCUCCGCAGUUCUCCGGCGGUGGUCAGCACGAUUCGCAAGAACUGUUGGACUGGCUGCUGGACGCCCUUCACGAGGAUCUGAACCGGGUGAUGGAAAAGCCGUACAGUGAACUGAAAGACUCGGACGGCCGGGCGGAUGUCGUGGUCGCUGCGGAAGCGUGGAACCAGCACCACGCCCGCAAUCAGAGUAUUAUCGUGGAUCUGUUCUACGGGCAGCUGAAGUCGAAGGUGACCUGCACGGGCUGUGGUCGCGAUUCGGUACGGUUCGAUCCGUUCAGCCUGCUCAGUUUGCCGCUGCCCGUGGAGAACUACACCUACUGUGAAGUGUUGGUUACCAUGCUGGACGGCUCGGUCCCGGUGAAAUACGGCCUAAGACUGAACUCGGAAAUGAAGUACUGGGAUUUGAAGAAACAGCUGAGUGAUCUGUGCGCCCUCGAUCCGGAACUGAUGCUCAUCUGUGAGCUGUCCAAUUCGCAGAUCCGGUGCAUUUUGGCCAACGAGAAGAAAAUCGAACCCAGCACGGCGUGCGAAUUGUACGUGUACGAACUGCCGAAAUUCGACAAUAUACUUGUGCGAUCUCGCGCCGGUUCCGAGUUGGCCAUCAACAUCGAAAAGGGCCUGAAGGACAUUCAGCGAACACCAGCUCUUCUACUACCAUCGAUAGAACCGAGCCAGCUGACGACCACGUCGCUCAACACGACGAUCUCCUCGUCGUCCAACUCGUCGUCGACCACGGUUGACGAUACGGUGGCCAUCACCGGUCGUCGGUCCGGUCCCGGCGACAAUCCGACCAAAGUUGGCACCGGUUCUGGUGGGGCGGCCAAUCGCAAAGCAUCCGGAACGGCAACGACGAACGCGACGACGACGACGGCAUCGAAGGUAAGCCGGUGCUUUGGCAACACACUCUGCAUGCCCCCGAAUAUGUUGUGCUUCAAGAACAUUCCCGAAAUCAGCGCCAGUCCGGACAGUACGUUCAUCUUCAGUGAAACCACCCAGUAUGGUGCUAGUUCAUACGCAAUGAACACGCAAUACAAGGACCAGAACCGUAAAACUGUGUCGACGACGAAUCUGCUGAACAAUGUCGACAACAGUUGGAACGCGUCCGCAGUAGGACAUGACGAGCAGGACACGCCCUGCAACGAUUGUGAUAUUAUCUAUAAUGGCCAUGGAACCAUGGAGGGCGAUAGUGGCCCGUUUCCCUAUGCCGACGUUGGCCACCACCACCACCUUCAUCAGCAUCACCACCACCAUCAGCAACAACAGCAACACCAGCAUGGAGAUUCGUUCAGUUUAAGUGCAAUUAAGCGACCGCCGAGCGCAGGUAGCGGAAGUGCUAGCGGAAUGUACCAUCAACAGAAGGGCAACUAUCUGAUAGCGGUUCACCGGAAGCUCAGUAGGCAGGAUACAUACUUCCUGUCCCAUCACAAAUCCCGGCCGGGAUUAUUUGGCGUACCGCUGCUGAUACCGUGCUACGACGGCGUGACCAACAAGGAACUGUACUGCUCGGUUUGGCUGCAGGUGGCAAGGUUGCUCAGCCCUCUGCCUCCGACGCCGCCGGAUCAAUCCAAUCAUGCAACAGACUGUGACGAUAGCUUGGGAUACGACUUCCCAUUUACAUUGCGAGCUGUGGCCAGCGGAGGCCGCAUUUGUGCCCUGUGUCCGUGGUCACGGUUUUGUCGAGGCUGUGAAAUCCCUUGCAACGACGAGCCACUUCUUCAGGGACUAACAUAUUCUGGUCGAUCAUCAAGUAACAACUCAACGCCAAAUCUAUCGUCGCGCGAACAGACCCCGACCUUCCGGAGGAAAACCUACGGCAGUUCGACCACGUCUUCGUUGGAUGGUAUGCAAUCGUCUCCCACGCCUUCGAUGCGUUCGAUCAACACCAACAACAUACAGAUUGCCAUCGAUUGGGACCCGACGGCGCUGCAUUUACGUUACCAAAGCACUCGCGAGCGGUUAUGGACCGAACACGAAUCAGUGGCCAUUUGCCGGAAACAGCAAACCGAACCCGUUGACCUAGAUCACUGCCUGCGCGCUUUCACGUCAGAGGAAAAACUGGAACAAUGGUACCACUGCUCGCAUUGCAAGCAAAAGAAACCAGCUACCAAAAAGUUGCAAAUCUGGAAACUACCUCCAGUGUUGAUCGUUCAUCUGAAGCGUUUCAACUUUGUGAACAACAAAUGGGUCAAGUCGCAGAAGGUGGUCAACUUCCCCUACGACGAGUUCGAUCCGACCCCAUAUCUAGCUUCAGUUCCCCAGGAAACCAUCCUGCGGCACAAGGAACUCCUGGAGGGAGGCGGAACCUACGAUGGACGGAAUCACGACUGCCACGAUGAAAUCGUUGAAUUCGAUCGGGAGAUGUCGAUGAUCGAUGAGGUGAGCGACGAAGUGUCCAUCUCCUCUAUUACCGGUACAAUCGGCCACGUAAGCGACGAUGAAGACGAGAGAGGCCAGCAGGUUGACAUCAACAGUAUUACGCCGGCCAUUAUCGGAACCCAGCCGGUGGUGACUGUUCGACAGGAUGAUGACAGUCCUAGCAAAGCCAAAGGUCGUUUGAGCAUAAAAUCUAAAGGCCAGCGGAAGCGAUUGGUUUCGUCGAGUUUGACCAAGACCCCGGUGAUCGAUGGGCAGUUUACGGACUUCCACAAACACCACCUGAAAUCCGAACGGGACCCGUUCGAUUUGAAGUAUCAACUGUACGCGGCUGUGUGUCACUCGGGAAUGCUGAACGGUGGGCACUACAUCUCGUACGCGGCCAACCCGAACGGGUCGUGGUAUUGCUACAACGACAGCUCCUGCCGGGAGAUCCCAACCCGGCCAAAGAUCGAUCCCAGCACGGCGUAUCUGCUGUUCUACGAGCGGCGCGAUCUGGACUACGAUCCCUACCUGCCGAAGGUGGACGGCCGGCAGAUCCCUCCGGAGCAUCUGGCCGAGUUCGAGGAGAGCGAGAACGAACUGAAGAAAAUGUGUACGCUUAUGUAGAAGAUAGCCCCGGCGCUGACCGGCCCCGUUCGAGGCCUCGGCGCAACUACGCUAGGUAAAUUCUUUAACUUAUCGCUACCUUCUUCCGGUAAGUAGAGAAAGUUACCACGCAAUCCUGAUGAUGACUUGCGGUUCGCCGUACAACGCGGAAGUCAUCGCGGAAAGAUGACGUCACAUCCGCAGCAAGAAAAAAAAAACGGUUCCAGAUCUGUUCCUUCUACUACUGAAUCGAGGCGCGCGAAAGCACCCGGUAUCCGUACUGAGCGUCUGCUGCUUCUGUGCUAUUUUUACUCUCAUCGUGUAUUAAUUACGUAACUAAGUGGUGGUAACAAAAGGCAUUGGAAAAUUAAUGCUUUCCUUUACCCAAUAUUUUCCUUUCCCCUAACGCUUCGUUCUAGAGCUUAUCAUUCAAAAAUCAAAAUCAUUACACACAUUUCCGCACGUAAGAAGCAAUUUUUCCCUGUUAAGUGUGUAUUCGUGGAUCAACUGAUACCAACUAUUAGGUGUAGGCCAUGGCCAAUCGAAAAGAAACGGUUGGGAAGCGCCCAUCGUGUUUUCUUUUCGCUGUAGGAUUUUAGUAUCGAUACUAGCUUUAUUAAUGUAUUAAGCGAGAAACAAUAGAUAAAUCAAUUCAAUUAAUCAAAGAGAAUUACCAGGUACUGUUUUGGGCAGAGGCACUCUCCCUCGUGCAUGCUUAGCGAGACUAAACAUUCCGAAUAAUAUAGAACGGUAAAAAGCUGUGCAAAGGCGUCAUUAACUACUAUUGAUGUAAAGGCACGAUGCAAAUUAAAUUAUAUACCUAGAUAUGGCAAUUGCAAAUUGGAUAAAUUCCAUUGACAUUAUGGAGGUAUGUUUCUGAUGCUUGUAACAAUGGUUGAUAGAUGGCGGAGUAGUCAGAAGAAUGUGUCCGUUUCCUUUUUGAUAUUAGAUAUUUUAUAAACAACUGUUUACUUUCAACCACAUCCAAAAUCGAUUAUUUUCUGUACUCUUUAAACAUGGUACUCACAUAUGUAGAUUCCCUUCCUCAUUGUUAUUCCCUGUCGGAUGUUUUGUUACAAAUUGUUUGUUUUACGCUACUUUUUCGUCUGCUACUUAUACGACAUGGAAUUUUUAUGGUUCUUCUCCGAACUCUGUUGUUUUGGUUUAAUCUUUUUUGCCACCGUUAUUAUUUUAGGAAUAAGCGGAAAUCGUUUAAUUAUCGUUAUUAUCACUCAUAAUUAUUACUAAUUAUUAUUAUUAUUAUUGAUUUCCUUUUGUUACGUGUCAAAUGUGACUUGGUUGAAGCAAUAUUAAAUAUUGAUGACUACAGAUACUGUUGAAAAAUGA